CAAAAGUCAAUACGUCAACGUCAGAAACGAUAAACACACACACGCGUUUUACAAAUUUCGGAGCACAUGCAGAGCUGUGAGAUUUUUUAUCGCGAAUCGUUUGAAUAUGCGUUUCUUUUCACUUGACCAUUGAAUAAAUCCUCUCGGACGAUAAGAACAAAAGGUAUGCAACCAAACAGUGACAAUAAUAAUUUGAUAAAACCCGGAUUAUACACGACAAUUUUAUUCAGAUAACGACAAUCGUUCAUUUUUUAACAAAUUGUUUACCCCGACGAUAACAGUCAAUAUAUAUAUAUAUGAUACCCGGAUAACAAUAUAACCUUACUUUCGAGCCGAUUGUAGAAAAUAAGAACAAAAGCAAGACUUGGUGCGAUAAAAGCAUGAGGUUGAGAUUGGAGGGGGUCGAAGUAACGGUGUUGAGUCUAAAAGACAAAAAACGAAGAGUGAAACGAGUUUUGCCUAGAAAUGUGAAAGUGAUCGCAAAGGUGAGAGAGGGCGGCUAUACCUCCUUCGGAAAUGACAACGUGUCUUAUUCUUACCACUAAUGCAAACAGUCCAAACAUUGGUAUCUGAGAAUCUGUAUUCUCGUUGGUUACUGCUAACUUUUGAAGUCCCUCUCGAUUUCGCCGAAGCGUGCAGAUAAAAGUCAGAUAACAAUCGCUAAAAACCCCAUUUUUACCGGUGACCCAAGUGAAGUCUGACAUCAUGGAAGUGAAUUGCCUGAAAGAAAAACUCCAAAAGUUCAAUCAGGACCAUUUGUUGCAAUUUUGGGAUGAAAUCUCGGACCAGGAAAAGUCCGCGCUUUUCAAAGAUAUUUUGGAGCUGGACCUUCCGGAGGUCACGUCAUAUUUCUCAAAAGCUAUGAACUUCCUGAAUGCCAACACAGAAAUUCUGGAUUCUAAAAUCCAACCAAUUCCUGGAGACGUUUUUGAGUCUUUGUGUACAUCAACUCCAGCGAAGUUGGACCAAUAUGAGUUGAGAGGAUUGAAGGAAAUUUCGGAAGGACGAGUCGCUGUGCUUUUGAUGGCUGGAGGACAAGGAACUAGACUUGGUGUAAAUUAUCCGAAGGGGAUGUACGAUGUUGGACUUCCUUCUCACAGUACUUUGUUUCAUUUACAAGCUUUGCGAAUCCGCAGGCUGCAAGAACUUGCUGAAGAGAAGUUCAAAAAGUGGGGACAAAUCGCAUGGUAUAUAAUGACAAGUGAAGCUACUCACGAUACUACCUUGACUUAUUUUGAGAAAAAUGACUAUUUCGGUUUAAAGAAAGAAAACUUGAAGGCGUUUAAGCAAGAGAUGUUACCCUGCUUUACUUUUGACGGGAAAAUAAUUCUAGAUGAAAAAAAUCGUAUUUCUAAAGCUCCUGAUGGAAAUGGGGGACUUUAUCGCGCCCUUAAAAGUCGUGGAAUAUUGGAAGAUAUGUUGACACGUGGAAUAAAUAGCGUGCAUGUAUUUUCAGUCGACAACAUUUUGGUGAAAGUCGCAGAUCCAGUUUUCAUUGGAUUUUGUCUUUCGAGAUCCGCUGAUUGCGCAGUCAAAGUCGUACCAAAAAGAUCACCCACAGAAGCUGUCGGCGUCGUUUGCCAGGUUGAAGGAAAGUAUCGUGUUGUCGAAUACAGCGAAAUCACUUUAAAAACCGCAGAGCUUCGAAACAAAGACGGAGAAUUAACUUUCAACGCCGGAAAUAUUUGCAAUCAUUACUUCACCCUCGAUUUUCUCUUUUCAAUUGGAAACGCCCACGAAAGCGACUUAGACUUGCACGUUGCCAAGAAAAAAGUUCCCUAUAUCAAUGAAUACGGCAAAAAAAUCAUCCCCACUUCCCCGAAUGGAAUCAAAGUCGAAAAGUUCGUUUUUGAUGUUUUUAAAUUUGCCAAAAAUUUCGCAGCCUGGGAAACAAUUCGAGAAUGCGAAUUUAGCGCGCUCAAAAAUUCUGACAUUGCUGGAUUUGACUGCCCAUCUACUGUCCGUAAAGACUUACUGUCCCUUCAGAAAAAGUGGCUACUCGACGCUGGUGCUCUUUCUGUUAAUGGUGACGUCGAAAUUUCCCCCCUUCUCUCCUACGCAGGUGAAAAUUUAAAAGAAAUGGCCAAUGGGAAAAACCUUCAAGGUCCUGUGGUCCUAGCGUCACAUUUAUAAGCAUUUAGAAUUAGAAUCCCGGAACGACGAAUUUUAAAUUCGAGCCCUCGUUCAAGCCUAUUGAAAGUUAAUCUAUCAAUAUUUUUAAAAUUAUUAAUCGUUUUGUUUUUUAUUUUAUUUAUGAAUUGAAUUUUAAACCUUGAGCUACGCUUUUGCUAGUUAUUAAGGCAAGAAAAAGGACCAGGAGUAGGAUCAAGAUAUUUUGAGGUAUAUACUUAUUUUUGUGAUAGUUAACUACCGAGUACUUGUGACUUUGGCAAGAUUUGUAACAUCAUGUACAAGAUUGAAAGAACAUUCCAAGAACCGAGUAGCUAACAGCAUUUCUAGCAUAAUAUUAUACCCAAUUUUGUUAUCAUAAUGUAUUAGUAUAAUUACUACUAUCGGCGAGAAAAUUCGAGUCCUCUGGCUUUGACGUUGAAUAAGUAUUUGAAGAAAAAAUGGUAGGUUAAUGAAAGAGG